AUACGAACAUUUGUUUUGGUCCCGCCCGCAGCGUCUAGUCUUCCCUCCCGCCCUUACCUCUCCUACAGGGACGCGUCGUGAGCACCCUGGCACUGGUGGCCUGAGCCUUGGAUCCUGCUGAGGGGCGGAGGGACGCUGAAGAGGCAGAAAGAGCAGGUGCCUUAAGGAUGACCACACAGUACAAGCGUGCAUCCAUCAGCAGUGUGGGCGGCAAGAGGCGGUCAGGCAGCACCAAGUUUGAGUUGACUGACGAACAAAAGACUGACAUCAAGGAAGCUUUUGACCUUUUUGAUCCCAAUGGCACUGGCACUAUUGACCCCAAGGAACUCAAGGUGGCUAUGAGAGCCCUUGGGUUCGAGCCAAAGAAGGAAGAGAUCAAGAAGAUGGUGGCAGAAAUUGACAAGGACGAGAGUGGCAAGAUCAGGUUUGAGGAGUUCCUGCACCUCAUGACGAUCAAGAUGGCUGAGAAGGACGUCAAGGAGGAGAUCCUGAAGGCCUUCAAGCUGUUUGAUGAUGACAACACUGGCAAGAUUUCCUUUGCAAACCUGAAGCGUGUGGCAGAGACCCUCGGCGAGAACCUGACAGACGAGGAGCUGCAGGAGAUGAUAGAGGAGGCGGAUCGCGAUGGGGACAACGAGAUCAACCAAGAGGAGUUCUUCCGUAUUAUGAAGAAGACGAGCCUCUACUGAUGGACCACUUGGGAGGACUGCUUUGUACUCUUCCUUAUCUCUGCAUCUCGUCUUUGUGUGUGUGUAUGUGUGCGUGGUUGCAUCUGUGCCUCGCUUCCUAUUCAGACUGAUUUGUUUGUACUUUGAGGUGAAGAGUGAGGUCUGCACAGCCUGCUGCCCCUCCUGGAGUCUCAGGGGGUGGCAUGAAAGGCAGCUGUGGACUGAAAUUCAUAGUGUUUUUCGUAUAAACUAGUGCUUCAUUUUGUGUGACUGAAGAAAAUUACAAAUUAUUUUUUUAUGCCAAAGGUUUUCUAAAAUAUAUUUUUCUUAUGUACUGUUUUCACUUUUGUGUUUAAUUUAGUUGUGCAAACUUGUGUGUGAAAUCUUGCAAUGGCCAGUCAAGGGGAUGCUGUGGCUGCCUCAGGGCCACUGGAGGCAACAGAACAGGACCUGGAGAAACCAUCACCCUCCCAGUCUCUCCUGCAGAGGCUUAAGAGUCUGAGAGAGUGGCAGGAGAGGCAACGAGAAGAGUUGAUGCAGGUGCUGGCCCACUCCAUGCCUCCCAAAGCACCCUCCCUCACCCCUUUGAAAGAGGAAACUCCAGCACAACUUUCUGAAUCUGUGAUAACAGAUCAUUCCACACCUCCCCAUUCAGUGCCUCACAGGGUGGAGGAUUCUCAUACCACUGUGGGACUCCCUAGGGCAGAAGAUGUAUCCCCUGUCAUUUUCACCUCUCACCACCCACCUGUACAGCCUCCUGAAAACUUCUCAGAGGAGGUGCAAGUCCAGCCGAGGCAGACCAAGUGGGGGGACCAGCUUCCUGACAACCAAAGUUUAGGUGAGCUGGAUCCCAUAGCUGCUGCAACAAAACCAUCAAGCCAUCUCACUCAUACACAGGAAAGCAAUGAGUGGCAAGCAUCACCUCUCACGUUAACAGGACAUUCUGUGGUUUGUGACACAUCUGAUCCUGAACACAAUGACCUGGAAGGUGAUGAGAGGAGCAUGACUGAGAUAGAAUAUGACAUACCUGUACCCACAGGUGCUCAAGAAAGAAAUCAGGAUUCAGCUUCACUCUCUCCUCAGGAUCCCAAUGAGUACAUGGAUGAGAGCAUGAAGGACUUAUUUGGUUUAGAGAAGCAAAAGGCAUACAGGUCUGAGAAGUACAAGUCUCCAGCACCAAACAAGGAGUGUCUGAGUAAAGGAACGACACAUUCAGCUCAUGUGUUGAGGAACUUUGCACCUAGCAAGUCCUUCUUCUGUUCCAUGAGUCAACAGCCUGAAGAAGGAGCUGCAGUGGAAACACCAAGACCCAGUCACAGGUUCCUGAGGAAGGGUCAGGGCACUUCUAGAUUUGGCAUGAAGGCCAUGAGGUUGAAAAAAAUGUCAAAGAAAGAGCCAGCUACUGACUCAAACUUGCUUCCUGAUGCAGUGGUGCAGAAUACUGCAGAGCUUUCCCACACAACCUCAACCCCUGUUCUUACUCCUACCAAGAGACAGUUCAGAUUACCUAUACGAACCCUAAAGCUGCAAGAAGUGCUGCAGGUGUGCCCUCCUGAGAGUGAGAGAUUGAAUGGUAUGGAUACACCAGUCCGUGGACUAGUGCAGCAUAGAGCCUCACCAGGUCGGGCACCCACACAGCCCUCAGGUCAAGACCUCACCACUGCCUUGCCAGGUCCACGUGACGUGGAGAAACAGCAGCGCAAGGAGGAAGAAGAACUGUCUGCCUUUGAGAAACUGGAAGAGUUAGCAGAAGACUCCAGUUUCUCCUCAAACUCUUCCACAGUGUGGCACCUGCUGAAGCAAGGCCAGCAGCAGUCUGCCUCCUCCACCCCCCUGCGCACCCCGCCCCCCUUGGCCUUCCAGGAGACCCCAGUGGUUGGCUCUCUCAGCAUGCAGUCCAAACACCUUGGAGCCGAAUCUCAGUUCUUUCUUGGGGACUUGACAAACAGAGUGGUGCAAGCAACCAAUGGCCCGUCCUCACAGCAGCACCCAAUGGCAGUGGAUGUGAAGGAGGUGUUGGCACAGCUGAAGUCAAUUGUCAGACUGGAGGGACACAGCAUCAGUGAUGUCACCGAGUCAGACAUUCAAACAUUUCUAGAGGGGUGCAGUAGUCAGCACUCGUGUGAUACAGCACAUUCCACCAGCACCCCAGCACUGCCCAAGCCUCCCUCAGCACUGCAGGCAGGACCCCAUCAUGUCCACUUUGCCAGCCAGGGAGUGCAAGUUAUGGAAUAUGAGUUGUCAGACAGUGAAGGAGAGGAUACACUGACGGAAGCUGCCUCCCUUGACAGCGACCUGAUCACCACCUCAGACCUGGAGGCUCUCACACAGAUGAGUGUCAGAAGACCACCUGAUGUUCCUUACUGGCAGCAACAGACUAAGCCAUCCAAGGGGAGUAACAUUGAGGGUGACAGCUCCUCAUCAAGUGAAGUCGCUCGCGCAGAGCAGGAGAUGGCACAAGGCCGAGAGGCAGUUUUGUUAACAUACUCCCCGCCUCCCCCUCGCCCUGCACAGUCUGCCUCCAGUUAUAUCUGGUCCAUUUUUGGUAAGGAGAGGGAUGCAAGGGAGCAGUCUGCACCUAAGGCAGCUCCAAAGCAAGCCAAGAAGAAAGGCCACCAGCAGCCACCACUCAUGCCACGGGAGACCGAGAAAAGUGUGGCAAGUGCUGCGCAUCCUGGCCCAGAUGCAGAAGCCAGUAAGGAGCUGGAGGCACACAAGACUUUGCUUCUCGCCAAAGUUGCUGAGCUGGAGAAGGAAACUAAUCUGUUCAAGAAGGAGAACUCACAGCUAAAGAGACUCCAACAACAGGCACGGGAGCAAAGGCAGAAGCUGGAGGAAGAGAAACACAGACUGGAAGAGGAAAUGGCAACUGAGAAGAGAAAGUUUCGGGAGUAUGUGGACUGUGAGAGGAAUGCUUUGUGGAGAGAGAAGCAGCAGGUUCUUCACAGACCUGCUCUAGCGACUCAGCCUGAGGAGCAGGUGAUGGAGGCUGUGCGUCUCAGAGAGCAGAUUCGGGAGUUGCAGGAGGAGGGGGAGAGGAAAGAAUCGCUGCAUCAGUUUGCUGUCAAGAAACUCACUGACAGGAUCAAAACUUUAGAAAAUGAGAACAAGAGGCUAAAGGAAAAAAAUAAUUCCCUACAAGCCCUUGAGAAGGAAAAUCAGGACCUUCGGCUUAAAAUUGACCGAACCAGGGGAGGGGGAAGGACCAGAGCAGCCACACAACCCUCAAAGCCCACUCGAGGGAGAUCAAAACCAGGUGCCAGAUCCACAACUGUUGAUGGGGUUGCCAAGGCAUUAGACAAGAUGACCAGACCCCAGCCAGUCAUUGUCAAAGAACCACAGGACAAUGCCAGCAGCAAAGCCAGCAAAACUAAAGAGGAUGUGGCAAACAACAACACAAACACAGCAGCCAAGGAGAGUGACAAGGAUGUCUUGACCAUGCAAGGAAGCAACACCAAGGCUGAAUCCUCGCGGGAAUCAGCACCUACUCUCAAGAACACACCAGUUACAGAAGAAGAUCCUUCCAGUGCUCCAGCCAGUCCUGCAAGACACACUCUGGCCUCAUUACCAGCAUGGGCAAGGGUGGGAUGCACAGAGGAGGCCGGGCUGGAACACACUGAGAGGGUGAGGGAGGAUGGCAUCCGGGAAGUGAUCUAUGCCAAUGGGAACAGGAAGGAGAUUCAUCCAAGUGGGGAAGUGAUCGUUAGCUUCUACAAUGGCGACAGGAAGGAGAUCCACGCAGACCGGACAGUGUACGUGUACGGCAGCGACCACACCAGCCACACCAUGUACUCCAGCGGCAAGGAGGAGCUCAUCUUUCCCAAUGGACAGCGGGAGACGCGUUGCCCAGACGGCUCCUCAGAGAUCUCCUUCCCCAACGGAUCCCGGAAGUCGGUGCUGAGUGACGGGACAGAGAUCUGCACCACCAGGGAUGGAUCAGUUGUGCGUACCAAUCCCGACGGCAGCCAGGUGUUUGAGUUCCCCAGUGGCCAGAGGGAGGUGCACCGCGGUGGAGAGAAGCGAAGGGAGUACCCCGACGGAACUGUGAAGAUCCUGCACCCUGACGGGAGGGCCGAGACGCGGUACAGCUCCGGGAGGACGCGCAUCAAGGACAGGGAAGGCAACGUGGUCCUGGACACCCACACUGCUCUCUCCUCUCCUCUGUCUUCCUGACAUGUCGUGUGGUGUCCGUCUCUCUCUCUCUCUCUCUGCCUGCUACUCUUACCUCAUUUCUCGUCUUGUACAUAUUACUACUCUCUCGGUGCGGUUAGUGCACUGAAUCUGCAACUUGACCUAUUACCAUGCAGCAGGUAUUGUUUGCAUAAUAUUCAUGUUGAUUUUUUUAUUGCCUGAGAAUGCGGGAACAAUUUUACAUGUAAUGUUUUGAAUCAUGUGGUAGGAGGAAUGUUUAUGGACAUUUUGGAGUUUUAGUUACUUUUGUGGUUGGAUUUAUGGAUGUAGGAACUAAUUUGUAAGUGGAUGAAUGGUUCUGUCAAUUGAUCUAUUUGCUGCCUCUGUCUUGGGUGCACUCCUGUGUUCCUUCUUGUUGUGUCGGGCAGGACGGAAGUUUGUGAAGCACGGUCUUACUGCAGUCUUGGGUUUGCAUGCGUGUUUGUUGUGCAGCUGUUCAGUACACACACUGGGCAAGAACUGUUAUCUCACCUCUGAAACUUACCUUCCAAAUUAGACAAGUGAAUAUUGCAGCUGCUAAUGUUUGAGUCAGAACAUUUUCCCAUCAUUUUUUGCAUGUGCUGCUCCACAAUUCUGGCAGUUUAUCAACAGACAAGUCAUGCCUUGCAGACAGUCUUGUUAUCUCUGUUGUGUGAGGGUACUGGUGUGAAGAAAAACAACUUCCAUGAGGCACAACCCAUGACCAGUCUGACCUCAGCCCACGGGUGGCUCGGCGAAGGGUUGCGUCGAGUGUUUGUGUGGAUGAGCUUCAAGCACUUCCUUUUGUUGACUGACCUGAUCUGUGUUGAGGCCUCCACAACCAUUUUUUUUUCCAGGAGAAAGCAUAAUUUAUGUAUUAAGUAAAUCCAGCUUUGAUAUUUCUGAUUGUACUUGUAGUGUUCAUCAGUUUAUUUUGUUGUCACAAUAUCACUUGCUAUUUAAUUGUUGUGCACUGUGGAGAGUUAGUGAGAGGAUAGACGUUCUUGUUCCCCAGUGGACUUGAUCUAAAUAACAUAUUUUUCUGUGAAAGUGGCAAAAUUAAAAUAAAAAUGCAUUAGUAAUUAGGACAA